CCCCCGGGGGUUAGCAGGGGGCGGUCCUUCGCCCGCGCUGCCGCAGUGUGGCAAGGAGGGGUGGGGACGCGGCGUGACUCGCGGCCGUGCCCCCCACGCCUCCCGCGCCCGGCUCUUUCCGCGCUUUCGGCCCCGGCGUCUGGUCUUCUGGGCCGCCGCGGAAGUGGCUCCUGCCGCGUCCUGUCCCGGGGCUGCGGCCGCCACCACAGUGGCGUCCACAGCGUCUCGUCCCGCCUCGGCGGCGCUGGGCGCCGUGGUGUCGGCGGGUCCCGAGCCCAUGACGGGCCAGGGCCAGGGUCAGGGCCAGGGCCAGGGCCAGGCGGCGUCCGGCGCGCCCGCAUGGAGCGCGCUCUUCCGCCAUGUCCGCUACGAGAGCCUGCUGGCCGGCGUGAGCGGCGGCGUCCUGUCCAACCUAGCGCUGCAUCCCCUGGACCUCGUGAAGAUCCGCUUCGCCGUGAGUGAUGGAUUGGAACUGAGACCGAAGUAUAAAGGGAUCCUCCAUUGCCUGGCCACCAUUUGGAAACUUGACGGACUGCGGGGACUUUAUCAAGGAGUCACUCCAAAUGUGUGGGGCGCAGGUUUAUCCUGGGGACUUUACUUUCUCUUUUACAAUGCCAUUAAAUCAUAUAAGACAGAAGGACGAGCUGAACGGUUAGAGGCAACGCAAUACCUCAUCUCAGCUGCUGAAGCCGGAGCCAUGACCCUCUGCAUCACCAACCCACUGUGGGUAACAAAAACGCGCCUUAUGUUACAGUAUGGUAGCGUUAACUCCACACACCAGCGAUACAAAGGAAUGUUUGACACACUCGUGAAAAUAUAUAAGUAUGAAGGUGUGCGCGGAUUGUAUAAGGGCUUUGUCCCUGGGCUGUGUGGGACGUCCCAUGGAGCCCUUCAGUUCAUGGCCUAUGAGCUGCUGAAGCUGAAGUACAACCAGCACCUCGAUCGGCAGCCGGAAGCCCAGCUGAGCACAGCAGAAUACAUCUCUGUCGCAGCGCUCUCCAAAAUAUUUGCGGUGGCAGCCACAUACCCGUACCAGGUGGUGAGGGCCCGUCUUCAGGAUCAGCACGUGUCCUACGGCGGGGUGGCGGACGUGAUCGCCAGGACGUGGCGGAAAGAAGGCAUUGGUGGAUUUUACAAAGGAAUCGCUCCCAAUUUGCUAAGAGUAACUCCAGCCUGCUGUAUUACCUUUGUGGUCUAUGAAAAUGUCUCACAUUUCCUACUUGACCUUCGAGAAAAGAAAGUAAGCUAAAAGAAAAUAAUCAGCACCUCUGCCCAAGGCGGUAACAAGCUCAGACAAAUGCUGCACAGCGGCUCCUAACCAGAAUUGGCCUGUAAUGUAAACUCAAGAACUGCCAAGUCUUUGCAGCAUUUCUGCAGUCUGCCUUCUCCACCUGGAUAGGACUCGGCUACCUCUGCCCAUGACGGCUGCCGUCUAUACGAUGCUAAAACGGACAGCAAUUCCGUUUCCCUUUCAUCAUUCAAGCAGAAACUAAUUUGCAGCCUUUGUAAAUGCUGCUUUUUCUGAUCUCAUUGCCUGGAUUGGCUUUAAGAUUGAACUUUGUGCAGUAGCAAGCGAAUGGCUCCUCUGGAGAAUGUCAGGGUUCUCAGGGUAAAUAACCUUUGGGAUGAGAUCUCCCCAGAUCCGGAAUGUGGCACCAGUAAGAAGAGUGCACUGUAAUGUGUUUUAGUUCAGCCACCUUGAAAUGCACCGGCUGCAGGCCCCUGAGGAGUUAUAUGCUGCUCUGAGAAACAUCUGAUAUCUGUUGUCAUUCCAUUGCUAACUGCAGAGGCGCUUCCAUAGUUUAAAACAUAAUCCUGACUCGAGUCUUUUACUUUAUUUUUAUUUUUGCCAUAAGUACUUAGUAUUUCAGUUUAUAAAGUCUAAACAUCUAGGAUCCAGCUGUGUCAGCCUUUAUUUAGCAUACAUGGCUAUAAAUCACUUGUCAGAAAUGCUGAGUGGAUCAUUCGGCUUUUGCAGAUGCUGAAAUGUUUGAAAUGUGUUUGUUAACUGAAUGGAAAUGAGAAACUUCUUUAACUUUUGGAUUUAUGGACCCAGAUCUCAAAUAAAUGAUUAACUUACAUUGGUUGUUCAAAUUCAAGUUGAAAUACAAAUUACAUUAAUGGCCAUUAUUGAGUUUACUUAAAAAGAGGCACUAUAGAUGUUUAUAAACACAAGGGCCUACCCCAGAAGGAUGUCAGUAAGCCAAAUGUGGUGGUGCAGAUUUGUAAUCCCAGUACUCUGGGAGGCUGAGGCAGGAGGGUUGCUGCAGGAAAACUUAGACAUUGUCUCCAAAGAAAAGGACUGGGGAUGUAGGUCAGUAGGAAGGCCCAGAGUUCAGCCCCCUAAACCACAAAAAAGCAAAAAAGAGUGAUAGUGGUAUUUUAUUUAUCGUAAACAUCUGUGAGUGCUGCGUUGCACUCCUGUUGUAAAUAAAACAUUGGGGCUUUCAAAGCCAUAUUUAAAUGGCUUUUUGAAAACAGGUCUAUUUUUUAUAUACUGGAAAUGGAAUUGUUUUUAAAAUAGAGAUGAAAUGAUAAGUACCUAAUUGUAUUUAAUAUCUUGUAACAUGAACAGGAAUAUUUUGUAAGUUGUUAUUUUUUCUUAAUUCUGGAUUAUAUUUCAGUUCAUAUGCAGUGCCAGUAUUUGUCCUUAAAUAGAAAGACAAGCCACACUUCCCCGAAAAGAAGACCAAGCCGUCUAUCAAUUUUUGCUCUGAAAGAUACAGCAGGGCUUAUUUCCAGGGGAUGUCUUAUUUUUUCGUGUAAAAUAAUUACAUUUAUUCAUGUACAAAAAUCUACAUUCA